AUGACCAGCAGCUCAGCUGCGACGUCGCUUCGGGCCGGCUUAACUCUAGUCUUCCAAGCAACGUCGCUUCCUGGGUCUUUACUCGUCUCUGCAACGACCCAAACACAAUUCAUUCGCUAUCACAAGCUAUCCUGCUCCCCAUACCUCGUCACCGCGUUUAAUUAUUGGACUAAUCCGUCCAUAGACUACGCUGCCAAAGUUUCGCGGAGAACUCAGGUCCAUCCGAGAUACUCAGGAAAUCAUCCCGCGGGUCAAAAAGCAACGCCCAGACUCAACACAUGCCUUUCGCAGCUGUCAGUUCGCCGUAAUUACCUUUCCCCGGAUCCCCUCACCUGCGCUGCCGGGCAAGUCACAGUUGGGCUGCUUAUCUCGAUUUCAUGCUCUCCGUUAUCCGCAAAUCAGUUUAUCAGACAACUGAUAGGAAUUCCCCCGACUCAACCUCGUCCCAAGGUCUCUUUGACCGGGUUCUAUCUUACGCUGCCUCAUUUGCUUCGUCUCACCGCUCAACUUGACCUCACCUCAACACCACCUAUCCAAGACACCUCGCAACCCGCAUCACGGACCGUGGCCUCCAUCCUGAGGAUCAACUACCCCUGCCAUAUGGAGCCUUGCCGUCCCCUUUUCCCAAUACACCCUCGCUUCUGCUCUCAACUGCCGCCCGUUGGGCCAACUCAUCUCACCCACACCAUUUGA